AUGAGUCGUCCUCUGUUCUUGCACAUAGUUGAUGCCGUGGUGGCCCAUGAUCAUUAUUUUGUGCAAAAGAGAAAUGCUGCCGGUGUUCUUGGACUAUCUCCUUUGCAAAAGAUUACCGCUGCACUUCGAAUGCUAACCUAUGGUGUUGCAGCAGAUACUCAAGAUGAAUAUCUGCAGAUUGCAGAUAGUACUACCGUGGAGAGCCUGAAAAGGUUUGUGAGAGCUAUCAUUGAAGUUUUUGGUGAUGAAUAUUUGCGAUAUCCGAAUAAUUCUGAUACUACUAGAUUGCUUGCACUUGGAGAACAUAGAGGUUUUCCUGGAAUGUUAGGAUCCAUAGAUUGUAUGCAUUGGAAGUGGAAGAAUUGCCCUUCAGCAUGGCAAGGCAUGUACUCAGGAAAAUCUAGUGAGCCUACUAUAGUUUUGGAAGCCGUUGCUUCGGAAGAUCUUUGGAUUUGGCACGCAUUUUUCGGUAUGCCAGGGUCUCAUAAUGAUAUUAAUGUUCUUCACCGUUCACCUCUCUUUGCACGAUUACUUGAAGGACAGGCUCCACAAGUUAAUUACACAAUCAAUGGGCACAACUACAAAAUGGGUUAUUAUCUUGCAGAUCGUAUAUAUCCAUCAUGGGCCACUUUUGUAAAGACAAUAUCAGAACCACAAGGGAAUAAGAGGAAACACUUUGCACAGGAACAAGAAUCAGCCCGAAAAGCCGUCGAACGAGCCUUUGGGGUUCUACAAGCUCGUUUUGCAAUUGUCCGUGGACCAGCAAGAUUUUGGUACCAAGAAACACUUCAGGACAUAAUGACAGCGUGUAUCAUCUUACACAAUAUGAUUGUAGAGAAUGAGCGGGGUGAACAAGACAUUGACUACAACUAUGACAACGAGGGCGAGCGUGUCACACCAUCUCACACCUCUACACCUGAUUUUGAUGAGUUUGUAAGAACUCAUCAUGAUAUUAGGAAUAGGCAUACACACUCUCAGCUUCAGGAAGACCUUGUUGAGCACCUAUGGCACUUUUACGGUAGAAAUUAG